AUGGCAGACGAAUACAAGCUCAUCACCAACUGCACUGUCGAUGAUGCUGUGGGCUUGUCACAGGCCAAGUUCGAAUCCUUUGCACAGGAGCCCUGGUGGACCAGCGAGUUCCCCGCCGAUAGAAGCGAGAGCAUUCCCGACUCCAUGAUCCUCCGGGAGCCCUACAACCAGCUCACCGGAAGGAACAUUCGCCGCCACCAAAAGGUCAUCCAUGUGCCUACCGGCGAGAUCGUCGGCUACGCCCGGUGGUUCGUGCCGACCGCCGAGGACUGGCCGGAGGCACAGACGCCCGGCGUUUCCGCAGAGCAGGAGUCUCGCUGGAAGUCGCAGUUUGACGGCGCCUACUGGCACUUCGUCGAGGACGGCCUGGGCACUGACGACCAUGUCUCUGCCUGGCGGGCGGCUUACACGCCGACCGGCCCGGUCAUCAGCCUCGAGUAUCUCUGCUGCAAGCAGGCGCACCAGAAACGCGGCGUCGGUUCCCUGCUGCUGCGAUCAGGCUGCGAGAAGGCGGAUGAGCUCCAGGUGCCUAUCACCAUCUAUGCGAUGGGGGAGAAGGCGAGAGAUGCAUACCUGAAGCACGGCUUUAAGAAAUUGGCGGAGAAGCACCAGGAUCUGCGCCCGUUUCGUGAUGCGGUAUACCACACCUACUGGAUGGUCCGUCAACCUCGGAAGUAG